AUGCCCCGCCCCCUCUCACACCUCCUGUUGUCUGCCCCACCCCCUCUCACACCUCCUGCUGUCUGCCCCACCCCCUCUCACACCUCCUGCUGUCUGCCCCAUCCCCUCUCACACCUCCUGCUGUAUGCCCCACCCCCUCUCACACCUCCUGCUGUAUGCCCCGCCCCCUCUCACACCUCCUGCUGUAUGCCCCGCCCCCUCUCACACCUCCUGUUGUCUGCCCCGCCCCCUCUCACACCUCCUGCUGUAUGCCCCGCCCCCUCUCACACCUCCUGCUGUAUGCCCCGCCCCCUCUCACACCUCCUGCUGUCAGCCCUGCCCCCUCUCACACCUCCUGUUGUCAGCCCCGCCCCCUCUCACACCUCCUGCUGUCAGCCCCGCCCCCUCUCACACCUCCUGCUGUCUGCCCCGCCCCCUCUCACACCUCCUGCUGUCAGCCCUGCCCCCUCUCACACCUCCUGCUGUCAGCCCCGCCCCCUCUCACACCUCCUGCUGUAUGCCCCGCCCCCUCUCACACCUCCUGCUGUCAGCCCUGCCCCCUCUCACACCUCCUGCUGUCUGCCCUGCCCCCUCUCACACCUCCUGCUGUCUACCCCGCCCCCUCUCACACCUCCUGUUGUCAGCCCCGCCCCCUCUCACACCUCCUGCUGUCUGCCCCGCCCCCUCUCACACCUCCUGUUGUCAGCCCCGCCCCCUCUCACACCUCCUGUUGUCAGCCCCGCCCCCUCUCACACCUCCUGCUGUCAGCCCCGCCCCCUCUCACACCUCCUGCUGUCUGCCCCGCCCCCUCUCACACCUCCUGCUGUCUGCCCCGCCCCCUCUCACACCUCCUAA